UCCCAAACUACCAACUUGUAACAACAUAACAAAGAACAGCAAAACAAAACCAGAAACCAGAAACUUUUGUUUGUCAUCAAUCAUCAUUCAUCAGUGUGUAACAAUCUGAGUAGUAUUGUUUUUGUUUACUUUCUAUCAAUCAAUGGCCGCUUCAUCUCAGAACACUGUUCUUGUUACCGGAGCUGGUGGUCGCACAGGACAAAUUGUGUUUAAAAAAUUAAAAGAGAAGCGAGACCAAUAUAUUGCCAGAGGUCUGGUUAGAUCCGAAGAAAGCAAACAGAAAAUUGGUGGUGCAGAUGAUGUUUUCAUUGGGGAUAUCAAAAAUGCCGAAAGUAUUGUUCCUGCUGUUCAAGGUGUAGACGCUCUCGUAAUUCUCACUAGCGCUGUCCCACAAAUGAAACCCGAUUUUGAUCCAACCAAAGGUGGAAGGCCUGAGUUUUAUUUUGAUGAGGGUGCUUAUCCUGAACAGGUUGAUUGGAUUGGGCAGAAAAAUCAAAUAGAUGCUGCUAAGGCUGCAGGAGUGAAGCAUAUCGUGUUGGUUGGGUCUAUGGGUGGAACAAACCCUAACCAUCCUUUGAACAGUUUAGGAAACGGAAAUAUAUUGGUUUGGAAAAGAAAAGCUGAAGAAUAUCUGGCCAAUUCUGGCGUUCCAUACACAAUCAUAAGACCUGGCGGCUUGCUUGAUAAAGAUGGAGGUCUUCGGGAACUCAUUGUAGGGAAGGAUGAUGAACUUCUCGGGACCGAAACCAAAACUAUACCAAGAGCUGAUGUUGCAGAGGUCUGUGUUCAGGCACUAAAUUACGAGGAGACUAAAUUCAAGGCAUUUGACUUGGCAUCAAAACCUGAGGGUGCAGGCGAACCAACAAAGGACUUCAAGGCUUUGUUUUCCCAGAUCACAUCUCGAUUUUGAUCUUGAAUGUGGUUGUCGCGGUGUAUGUGAUUAUUUUUUAACAAAACAUAAAGUCAUUGGUGUUUGCUGCGAAAGCAAAUUACUUUUCAUCGACAAAUAAGUUGGAUAUAGAGUAGUCAUAGACUUCAAUAAGUGAUUUCAGGAAUUGUAUCCGAGAAUAAAAGUUCGUUGAAAUAAAAUGUAUAAACUGAUAGUUAUAAAUUUAUCUUCUAAAGUUAAAAGCA